UAGAAGAUCUGAGAUGCUAAAACCCCGCUAAAACCUUCCAACGCCGAUAGCCGCCACGCCACAGUAAGAUGCAUUUCCUCCUCCGUCGCCUUCGACAUUCCGACCACCACCACUACCAGUUGCAGCUUCGAUGCCUCUACGACGCGGCGGCUUCGGUGAAAUGCGUCCGUGACAGGGGACUCGACCACGCAGUCGAGAGAGAAAGAAACCUUAAGCCAGUGCUGAACCUAAAAAAUCUCAUAAAAUCAGAGCCUUCAAAGUCUCUCCCGCUGUCGCUGAUAUCUCAAUCCAGAGAUUCUCUUAAAAUUCCAAUUCGUCCCAUUGAAUUCAUCCGAAAAUUCCCUUCAAUUUUUGAAGAAUUUCUCCCUGGUGGCAUUGGCAUUCAACCACACAUCAAGCUGACCCCGGAAGUGCUGAAUUACGACAAGGAAGAAGAAAUUAUCUACCAAAGUGUAAACUACAGGCAAGAUGUUGCUGACCGUCUUUUAAAGCUUUUGAUGAUUCGUAGAAUUAACAGCAUUCCACUGAGUAUCAUUGAUGGGCUGAGGUGGGAACUGGGUUUGCCUCAAGAUUAUGUAAAAACUGUUGUUCCGGAAUUUCCAGAUUAUUUUAGAGUGAGAGAUGAUGCAAAUGGAGGGUUUUUGGAGUUAGUUUGUUGGAGCAAUGAGCUUGCAGUUUCAGCCUUGGAAAAGGGGAAGGAGCCAAUUGAGUUUACUUUCAAGUAUUCCAAUGGUUUUGAGAUGGAUAAGAAAUAUAAAAAAUGGGUGGAUGAGUGGCGAAAGUUGCCAUACAUCUCACCUUAUGAAAAUGCCCUGCAUCUUGCGCCAAAAAGUGAUGACUCCGAUAAGUGGGCAGUCGCAGUUUUACAUGAGAUUCUUAAUCUUUUUCUUGGAAGUAAAGGAGAGAGGGAGAGUGUACUUAGCUUAGGCGAGUGGUUGGGGCUCAGGUCGAGGUUUAAGAGGGCAUUGUUACAACAUCCGGGGAUAUUCUACGUGUCAAGUAAGAUUGGAACUCAUACGGUGGUUUUGAAGGAGGCUUAUAAAAGGGGCAUGUUGAUUAAGAAGGUUCCUUUGAUGGACAUGAGGUACAAGUAUGUUCAAUUGAUGAACUUGGUGAAGGAGGAUAAAAGAUCGAAGAGUGUAGAGCAAAAGAAGAGUCGUGAUCUGAAGGGAGAUCAAGGGGAAGAAGCAUUGGAAGAUGAUGAAAGUCGUGCGGAAGAAGAUGAGGAAAUGCAUGAUUUGUCUGAUGAGGAGAGUGAUUGUGAAUAUGAAGAAAGAAUGAAUUCAAAAAAUAGGGGAAACUUAUCAGGGAAAAGAUAUAAAGAGAAGGAGUCUCCAAGAACUGUGUUGGGAAGAUCACCUGGAAGAAACUCGUCCCAAAAUGCAGGCAAAAGUAACACUAAAUUUCAUCUAAGAACAGAGAUUCAAGAUUGUAAAAGUGCUUGUGGUGGAUCACUGGAGAGAUUUAAUGUUCCAAGAAGAAAGAAUAAGUCUGUUUCAAGGGAAAGGGCUUCUACGUAGGGGGUGUUCAAUGAUGGACGGAAUCAACCAGAAAAAGAAGAGAAGCUACAAGAACGCAAAGUAGGAGGAGUGAAAUUCAGAGGAUGAAUACUGUGCUCUUUCAGAUUACUACCAUCAGGGAUGGCCAUGGAAGAACAUCAUCAAGAACUGUUGUGUGUGGGCUUCUCUUUCUCUUAUCUCAUCAAUCGGGUUUUCUUUUAUAGUGGUCUCCAAUUGUGUUUUGGUUAUUUUUUCGUUAUUUCUUAUCUUAGAUUUAACCCUUUUGGUUUCCCUUUAUUUCGUCCUGCAUAUAAUGUUAUAUUCAGGGGUUUUGGUAAUCUUGAUAUGAUAUUAAUGAUGCAGGUAGCUUAGUCCAAACUUUAGGAAAGGUGGAUUGUCAUCAGGAGAAGAACUGCUUUUAUAUUAGGUAUAGGGAUGCUCUUCAGAAGCUUUGUAGUUAUUGAUGGUCAAUCAGAAUCAUACUGCAGAAGGCUUGAGAAACCUCUUAUGUGACCUGCAGAAGCAAAUUACUGAUGUGAAAACCUUCUAUUGACUGAACCAGUACUUAUGUUUUCAGUAGGUAGCAUCAGCAACAAUGCUUUGUGUGGUUGUAGGUACAAAGGAUGGCAAAUGAAACUGGGUUUGGACUUAAGUGAUUAGAUUAUCUUCCUGGAGAAUAAAUAUCUACAUGUUUGACUAUUAAUGUGUACCAAACUAUGUGUUUCUCUAUGAAUAUGAGUAAUGUAUAAUUCUGGAGUGCAACUUUGCUGUGGUUGAUGUGUGCUGUUUCAUACAAAGCAUCCUUCAGGUUCAGUACACUCUAUUGUUGAACAAUCAGUUUUUCUAUUUUAUGUAAACUGAUAUCAGCAGAUUGUUUCUUGCCAUGUUAUGACUUCAAUCUUUUGCUAUG